UCUGGUAUUGUCGAUGCCGUUACUGGUACAGGUGGUGGUGGGGAUUCGGAUGGUAUAGGCGAUGGUGGUGUCCCGCUUCCAGCUAUUACCGCCGUCCUGUGUAUGGUUAUAUUUACUCUUGUAAACCUGGAUGGACAACGAGUACCUAUCAGAACUGCAAUAGAGCUAUUUGUCGGCCAUCAUGUCAGAAUGGUGGGAAUUGUACACUUCCAAAUCAGUGUGUUUGCCCUAGUACGUCAACUGGUGGAUCAUGUCAGACACUCACAUGUUCCUAUAAACGCCCCUGCUAUCCUGGGGACUGUGAAGCGAAUUCAUGCACGUGUGAGCCAUCGUUUUAUUCCACGAGCACAUCAGAUGGAUGCAUUAACAUUAGAUGCACUGCGGAGGAGUUUCGUCCAGAAAUCGUCCAAAGCAACGUUACACUGGCACACAUUCGGCGCUCUGAUAAUGAGACGCAAUUUAAGUUCACUGUGGUAGGGAAAGAUGAAAAUAACUUCACGCUUGUGUGGAGCAAUCAAAAGCGUUUCAACAAUCUGAGGUUCGAGUUUGAUACGCUGAUUGACACCCCUGAAAUCCCAGAAAGGCCUAAUUAUGUCCAUGACGCUAAAAUUGGAAUAGUCGCAAGCAGUAUAGAGGCAUCUGUAAGCAAAAUACCACGUUAUGGAGGCAGCAAUCGAUACAUAGCUUUCAACAAAACCUACAACUGUGAGACUGGUAUAAGCAAUGAUAAUCCUGCAGUAGAGAAAGACACUUGUGAAAUCAACGAUGAAAACUUUGCGACCCUGAUUGAACAUGGCGAUAUCCUUCUUCUUAAAUUCCGAUCGCGUAGCGGUGGCUUUCAAAGGCUAAUCAACAUCGAUGACCGAGGCAAACCGUAUGCGACCAAGCAUUACAAUGACCUACAAGGCGAGGAGAAUCUGAAGUUCCGAUUCGACUUUGUUGUACCCGAGCACUGUUCUUUAAAUUCCGGGUCGUGCCUUCCAAAACCACUUCACAUAGACAAUGAAUUUACCAGAACUAACAUCCGAGCCAGCUGGUCGAAUUGGACAGAUGCGAUGGCUGGCAUGUGGCAGUAUUAUAUGGAGGUGUUUAAACUCGCACCCAACAGAGACGAAAGACUAGUAGAGGCCACGCCCAUUGAUCCAGUUUACAAUAUAACACUGAAUCACACCGACGGGGAAAUGUCUAGUUCAUACACGCCCGACGAACCUGGAAUGUACAGUGUGCUCUUGAAAGUGUCCGAUAUGGCCAACAAUUCUCGAAUCGCUCGGCGCUUUGUUCUUUACGAUGAUACAUCCGUGAUAUCUGUGAGUAACGAAACGGACAAGAAGCUGUACAUCUCGAGUGCUGUCGAGGAAACUGGAUACGCUUGGCAAACGCCUUCGAACAGUGACGAUAACAUAGUUACGGUGAACGUGAGAUGGAAUGGACACUUUGCGAACAAACUGCAUGAAAACGGAAAUUUUUUGGCUGAAAUCGAGAAGUACCCAACUCAGUUCAAGGACAUAGAAGAUGAUGGAAUAUUAAUGAGCUUGAAGUUUGUUGCCGACACUCUUGAUGACGACGAGGGUGAACGUACACGGAAAGCCAUUUCUAACUACCAUGGUAUCAUCAAAUUUGAAGUAGCAUAUGACCAGUCCACAUCAGAGGAAGUGCCAACAACAGGAUGGACAGUUAUCCCACUUCAAGAAAGUAUAUCCACACAAAGAAUCCUUGAAGAUGGCGACCGUUUGCGUGUUUGGAUCAGAGCUACUGACGUAAUGGGAAAUACAAAUACAGACUCGACGUUCAUGAGAAUUGACGGAUCACCUCCAUUCAUUUCAAGUGAAACUUGCUCUGAACAUCAAGUAGUAUUAAACAUUGAAGGUGGAGAAUUUAAAUAUGCGUCUAGAGCGAACUUUUUAGCUUCUGAUCUGCAAAGUGGUGUUCACAAGAUCGAAAUAAAACUAACAGUGAAAUCACCUGGCAAGGAUGACAUGGUCACAUAUCGCAAUUUCACAAAAGCUAGCAGAGGGAAUGACAACACAGAUCCGCGGUGUAUCGGUUUCGACAAGACCGGGUUGUGCCUCCUGCCAACACAGAUUUUGGAAAUUGACAACUGCUGGCUGACCGUCAGCAAGAAUGACCUUGAGACGGCUUCAGGCGAGCUAGAGCUCACAGCUUACAACCAAGCGAUGCUUACAGCAACCACUACCUUUGAUAUUGGUCCACUGACAAACCUUCAAGGUUUGGAAAAAUACAAUGGCCCAACGAACAUAAGAAUUGAAAACGUGUCUGCAACUAGCUUCAGGCUUGCAUGGGACAUGCCUGAAUCGGAGUCCUGUUAUGGAGCUGCAGACAUCGUCAUUAUCUUAACAAACAGGAAAUCAAAUGGCGAAAAUGAAAUUAGAUCGUUUGAAACGCCAGGUACUGCUACCUACUUUUAUUUUCUGAGCCUGAACCCUGAGGUGAAUUACAACUUAGGGCUUCAGAUAAAGACCGAAGGUGGGACAGCACUAAACCUCGGAGAAGACCUGUCUGUUGUUACUUUGAAAGAAGAAUCGCCUGGAGGGGUUUCUACUUCUACUGAAACUGUUGUCGAAACGACAAUUGUGAAAGAAUCGCCUGAAGGGGUUUCUACUUCUACGGAAACUGUUGUCGGAAUAACAAGUGCGAAAGAAGAAUCACCUGGAGGGAUUCCUACUGGAGCUGUUGUCGGAAUAAUUGUUGGUAUUAUUGUUUUGUGCGUUUUGGUUGUUGGCGUUCUCUUCGUCCUCACACGUCGUGGAAUUAUCAACGUUCAACCACAACGUAGAGCCGUCACGAAGCAUGUACGUCAAUCGAGAAUCUCAGCGCCCGAGCCGCUUCCGCGACAAUCUUAUGAGAACAAUGUCUUUGUGUUUGAUAAUCGUCAGAAUGAGUUGAACUUCUAUGAAAAGUUGGAUUUUAAUUCCUCCAGUAAAGGCUACAUAAGAACGGACCAGAUUUCAUUUGGCGAGCUCUUAAAACGUGGUCACUUUGCGAACAUAUACCGAGCACAUUACAAUAGACAAAACGUUGUGGCGAAAACUUUAAAAGAGCACUUCACGAGUGAUGACAAACUACUAAUGAAAGCGAAGAUAAACUUCUCUUCCGAGAGAGUUGGCGAUCAUCCAAACAUCAUCAAGUUUGUUGGAGCGGUCGUGGAUAAUGUAUCUAUGGGUCCAAUGAUCAUCUAUGAGUUUUGCGAGAACGGAACUCUGAGAGAAUACCUUGAGGAAAACAAAUGUAACAUGACCGUUGAGAUGAAAAAAACUCUCUUCGGCUUUGGAUUUGAUAUCGCUAAAGGCAUGGACUUUCUUGCUAAUAACGCGGUAACACACGGACGUCUUGCUGCGUGCAACAUAUUCCUAAACCAACUCAAUGCGAUUAAAAUUGCGGGAUUUUGGCCCGAAACUGCUGGCGAGGAGAACGGAGAAGACGCGGAAUCUGAAAAGAAAGAACGUAUCCUAAUACGUUGGAUGGCCCCUGAGUGUAUGACAUCAACAAAGAUGGCUAACGGGAGAAGCGAUGUGUGGUCGUAUGCUGUUGUUCUCUGGGAAAUUUUCUCUCUUGGUGAAACCCCAUACACGGGUAAGACCCGCGAUCUUCCCCAACGUCUGAAGAGGGGCGAGCGUCUCGGAAAACCAGAGCAUUGCGAUGACAAAUGGUAUAGCGUGAUGCAGGAUUGUUGGGAGUACGAACCAAGGAAACGACCUUGCUUUGCGGAAAUCCGCGACCAACUUGACAAACUCUUCGUUAAUUCGCCGGGAGACACCGUUUAUUACAACAAUCGCUAAUUUCCUGGACGGACUUUACUGAAAAAUGUUGAAGAAAUAUGGAAUUAUUACAUACACACUGUAUUAUCUCUUUCCCUUUAUUUCAGAAACGCCAUCUUAUUACUUAAAACAUUUUUCAUAAGCGCAAUGCAUUUUAAACCCAGUGUUGAAGUACUUUUGAAGGUUUGCAUCAAUGUAUUACAUACUCUAAAUCCCGUUUCAAGGAUACGGCUUCUACUUAUUCAUACACUUACUUACCUAUUCAUUCAUGUUCCUUUAAAGGCGUUGAAAAAUUCGAAAAAAAAUGCUUUAUCAACUUAUUGUCAUUGCAAUGGACUUGGACGUUUUGUUCAAAGUUCGGAAUGGAACGCGUGCUACGUUUCGGUGUCGGUGUUAUACAGGAUUAAGCCUUUUACAUGAAUACAUGAAUAUAUUGAAUCACGCUUAUUUCUUUAUUGUAUUUUACUUUUAAUGAUGUCAAACCAUUCAAUAAUAUAAAUUUGUUUCAUGGUGAUUUGCUGGUAGUUUUGAGGUUGAAAAUGUUGAUUUUAACAAUAUCUAACAAUUGUUAGUGGUGUUUGGUACGUUAAAGUAUCAUCUCAAAAUGAAUAUGCACAAGUUCGCAGUCUUUAACGUGAUUUUAAAUUGAUAGCUUUAUCAUCAGUCUCCAUUAGGAACUCAGUCUAUUUUUGGUUUGCCUAAUGAUAUUUGUUAUCAAUUGUUUUUUCAGAACAACUUUCAUGAUUGUUGAUAUAUGUAUUAAUGUUAACAAUUUGUUUCCAAGUUUUAAGGUUUGAAAAUUGUUGUCUUAAUUGAAUAUUGCUAAUGCUUUGGUUAUAAAAUAUUAAUACUU